UGAACUAUUCAACCUGUAGCUGCCGCGAGGAGCGCGCGCGCGUGCUGGAGAAAGUGGGUUGCUAUGGCGAUCAUCAGUCAGUGAGCGAGCGUGAGCACUGGGAGAGCUCUCACCUUCAUACACACCUACAGAAGAAGUUCACUGAGGAGGACAGAAAGUGGACAAGAGCAGCACUUUGGGGGAUUAUUUUGGGGGGAAUUUCUGCUCAUUAAGCAUUUGACUCGUCCUUAACAGUGAGUGUUCGACAUUGAGAGACAUGUUUCCUCAUCACUUGGUAGUUGUGUGUUCUUUGACCCUGUUCGUGACGCGGAUCCCGGCGCAGAAAUCCAACGGUCAGCGGUGGUUGAUUGGGGAUAGAGACAGCCACUGUCCAAUUACCUGCUCGAAGACUCAAGCCAAACCAGUGUGUGGCUCAGAUGGACGCAGUUACGAUACAAGCUGUGACCUGCAGAGGGCAAAAUGCAAGGAUCGCACACUGACGCUAGUCCACAGGGGCCGGUGCAAAGGUAUGAUCAUUGAGCGGAUUGAUCAGUCACCCAUACUUUCUGCUCCCACGCUGGCUUCAGAAGGUAAAGAGCUAGAAAUCAAAGACUCAGGCCAGUCAAAGUGCCUUGUGGAGAGGAGCCAGGCUCUGGAGCAUGCCAAGACGCUACAGGAGUCCAUCUUCAUCCCAGAGUGCAAGGAAGAUGGGACAUUUGCCCAGGUCCAGUGCCACACACUUACAGGUUACUGCUGGUGCGUAACCACAGACGGCAAGCCCAUCAGUGGCUCCUCGGUACAAAACAAGACUCCGGUGUGCUCAGGAAACUUCCAUGAAUUUAUGGGAACUCAUGCUGGGACGAGUGGAACGACAGGUUCAGUAACCGAUAAACCUCCAGGACCACCUAGCUCUGGCAAAAAAGUCUCUUUCCGGUUCUUUCUCACCCUCAACCCAGAUGAUGGCUCCAAACCCACACCCACAAUGGAGACCUACAUCAUCACAGAUGGUGAAGAGAUCACAGCCCCCACACUGUGGGGGAAGCAGCUGCCAAACAACAAAGAUAAGCAGAACAGCUCCAGCAGCAGAAAACCAGAGAAAGUUUCCUCUUGUGACCAAGAGAGACAGAGUGCACUCGAAGAGGCUCGGCUGAAGCCGAGAGAGGACAUCUUUGUCCCAGACUGUGGGCCGCUGGGCCUGUACAAGCCUGUGCAGUGCCAUCAGUCCACCGGCUACUGCUGGUGUGUGCUGGUAGACACAGGACGACCCAUACCCGGAACCUCGGCCAGAUAUAAAAAGCCAGAGUGUGCAGUCCGUUCCCCAGUGUCUGAUGUGGAGGAUCCGUUCAGAGACAGAGAUCUAAACGGCUGUCCAGAUGGAAAGAAAGUAGAAUUCAUAACCAGCUUGUUGGAUGCCCUAACAACAGACAUGGUAAACACCAUUAACUCACCAACUCCCUCUGGUGGUGGGAGAUUUUCAGAGCCUGACCCGAGCCACACUCUGGAGGAGCGUGUGGUGCAAUGGUACUUCUUUCAGCUGGACAACAAUGGCAGCCAUGACAUCAGCAAAAAGGAGAUGAAGCCCUUCAAACGUUAUGUGAAAAAGAAAGCCAAGCCCAAGAAAUGUGCUCGCAAGUUCACUGAUUACUGUGACCUGAACAAGGACAAGGCCAUUUCUCUGCAGGAGCUGAAAGGAUGCCUUGGGGUCAAUAAAGAAGGUACUACAACAAGCAGCAGCAGUCAGGGGACAAGGCAAGGAACUAAUUUGUUCAUAGGCCUUCUAGUGUGAGGACAGAAGCUUCCAGAAGAUGAGCCAAGAGUAGAGAGAAGACAGGCUGACGACUUGAACAGAAAGAGAGAAAAAAGAAGAGGUUCCUAGAGAAAAAAAGCUGAAAUGAUAAUGUUGGAGCCAAAAUAAUUGCACUUUCUUCUCCCAUCGGUAGACAUUUGCUCUGUCUCUGAUUUUGUUGUAAACAUUUGAUGACUUUAUGACGUCUGAUGUAAGUGGACAAAGCUUUGUAUAAGAAAAUGGCACUCGUACACGUGGCUGACUACCUGCUUCAACCCACACAACACAUUAUAAGUGUAUUAUCAUGUGUGUUCAAGAAUACUAAACACACAGCAAGGUCUAGUCAGUAUUAUACACCACAGCAGAUUUUAAUCACAAACCUUCCAUGUAGUCUUCUGAAAUAGUGGUCAUAGUUGCACAUAACCAGUUUGUUUUUAUGAGAUCACUUAUUUUAUUUUUACAUUAUAUGUACAGCAUUUGGACUAAGCAUGAACAGAAAAAUGGUUUGCCAGCACAACAUGGUUUACACCUUCUGAGUACUUAAUCAUAAGCAUUACACACACGUUAUUUCAGUAGCUGCAGGUUUAAUCAUGUAUAUCACAUGUCUUGGUGAGAUUUUCCUAAAGUAGCUAAAGAUAAAGUGACAUAUCAGAUGAAAGAUCAUUUUGUUUAAUGACUUUAUUAGUAACCACUUUAUUAGGAACACCUGUAUACCUGCUUAUUCAUGCAAUUAUCCAGUCAGCAAAUCAUGUUUAAAAAACAGCCUUAACAAGGCAAUAAUAAUAAUAAUAAUAAUAAUAAUAAUAAUAAUAAUAAUAAAUUCCACAUAACUUGUUCUCUUCCACAGAAAAUUUAUGACCAAUACAUUCUUCAUCUUCAUAAUAACUUCGUAAAAGGUUUUUUUCAUAACACAUGUAUAAGAUUAGAAUAUUCUAUAAUAAUCCAUUGUAAUAUAUGAACAAUUUGUCAGUAUUGCAACACACUGUAGAAAAAACCUUUUUUUACAUGAGCACAUAAUAAUAUGCUAAUUUGCCUGUUAAAAUCUUUUAUAUAAGAUCUCGUGGCAGAAACCGAUGCAAACGCUUUCUAAAAAAAAUAUAAAUAUCACCCUGUUCACACUGUUAGUUUGGUGUCUGUAAUAAAAUGUCUACUUUAUGAUAAACUCACAUGACUUACAGUGAACACAGCACAAGCGAGUUUGUCUCAGGUUUCAUUUCCUGAGAAGCCGGAUGAUUCCUUCACACACAGUAGUAUGGUCACGUUGUAUAAUGAAUUUAUUUAUAGAAAUUCAUAUAAUAUAUUGGCAGCAUGUGAGAAUAUAAAGUGAGGUCUAUACCUUCUUUAGCUGUCAUUAUUUACGAGCCUGCAAGAUCACAUGCUUUACUGUUUUACUCUGACGGCUUCAAGUGAACACACAUUGCAGGAUGUAAACCAUAUCAACUAAAUUAUUAAAGAUUUGCAAAAAAUCUUUCUUUCUGUGUUUACUGAAAGCGUUUAAAAAGCUGGUGUGGAUUUAAACACUGCUUAAAAUGGAAGUAAAUCUUUUCCAUCAGAUACUCUUGAUACAGUCGCCUAAAACCUGUGCUCUCAGGACGUCUUAUUUGACCAAUCGUUCUCGUACACAGCACAUUUAAACACAAACUGUAUGCCUGUAUCUUAUAUAACAUUAUGCAUUUGUCACAUGUGCCACGUAUCAAUGGUAACAUUAUUCUUUAAAUUCUUAUAGGCAUGAAUUGAUGCUUAUAGAUGUGUUAUGAAGUCCUUAUGUAGACUCUUUAAAUAAAGAAUUAGAAAAGUAAAAAGAAGAAGAAUAUAAGAAAAUAUCCCAGAGGUAUACAGAACACCGUAUGAUGUGAUCUUUCUGAUCGAGGAAAGAUAGUUUGUUUGUUUGUGUGUGUGUGUGUGUGUGUGUGUGUGUGGAGAUGUCCUUGGAUGUGAUUGCUUCGGCUUAUGAAGGAAGAAAUGAACCAGUGAAGUUGUAAAUAUGUAUCAUAUGUGCUUUUUGUUCUUUUCAGUUUUUCAGCAUCAGUCAUGCAGCAGUCUUUCUAAACACAAUUUUUGCCAUCAUUUAGAACCUCUUUUGAGUAAAUUGUGUCAUUAAAGUGUUUUUCCCUCA